AUGUCUGUCGUCAUUGAGAAACCUCUUGCCCAGAACAGUGCCGACCCUGCGGGUAUCCCACCGGGCUAUAACGCCAAAGUUGGGUACCUUCAAACUUUUGUCCUGCCCGAGAAGGUCUCCGGCAGCGAUGAAGAUGUGAAGCUCGGCAAGGCCAUUAUUGCGGCAUGGAAAAAGGACGGUAUCCUCCAGAUUUCUAUGAAACCUGAACAGCAGGACCUGUACAAGGCUGCCAACGCGAGCAGCAAGCGCUUCUUUAGCAAGUCUUACGCCAUCAAAUCCAGCUGCGUGGACAGCCAGAGCUACGCCGGUUACAUUGCCAGUGGUGAAGAAUUGACAGAUGGUAUAGCUGAUUACAGCGAAAUCUUUACAGUGACUAAGGAUCUUCCUCUUGAUGAACCGAGGGUUGUUGGGAAAUGGCCGUGUCAUGGCCGCUGCCCUUGGCCUGACGCUGAUUUACAGCAACCCAUGAAGCGAUACAUGGACAGCUUGGGUGGCAGCGGUGAGAUCCUCUUGGCACUAACUGAGCUUGGGCUGGGAACGCCCAAGGGAUCCCUCACACAAUACACCCGAGAUGGAUGGCAUCACAUGAGGAUUCUGAGAUUCCCUGCCAUGAAUAACACCAACGGCAAAGGAAAGGAUGGUCGUGGCAUAGGCUCGCACACUGACUACGGCCUGCUCGUCCUUGCGGCUGCCGACGAUGUUGGUGCUCUGCUCAUCCGGCCCCCAAAUGAAGAUGAAGUAUUUGCCAACUGGGAAAAAAGCGCGGCUGGUUACAAGGAGGAUGAUGAAGGAUGGAUUUUUGUCCCUCCAGCAGAGAAUGUUUUUACCGUCUUCCCAGGCAGGGGAUAUGAUGCAAUACCUAACUAA